AUGUCCUAUCGUUUUAUAUAUCCAAAUGGAGGAAAUCCAACAAUUGGUUAUGGUAUUGAUCCAACAUUUAUGUCAACUGGAUAUCCAAAUAUAUAUAAUGAUCCUCAAAGAUUUUAUUCACCGGAAUCAUAUUCAUCGGAUAGUGAUAGUAGUGAUGAUUAUGAAUAUGAAGGUCGAAUGAUUACACGUGAAACAAAAUGUCUACAAGAUAUAGUUCGUGCAUCAACUCCACCACCGAUUAUUAAACGAGUUGUUGAACGAGCUCCAACACCUGAACCAGCUAUGAUGGAACGAGUUAUUAUUCGGCCACAAGCUCAGGAAAUUGUUGAACGUGUUAUUGAACAAUCACAUACACCACCACCACGUCUUAUACAAAAAGAAAUGCAAGAAGAAGCACCACCCCCAAUUGUACGAACACGUAUUAUUAAAGUCGAUCGUCCACUUUGUAAUGGUUAUAAUCAAUCAGGUUCACCAUAUAAUCAAUUAUCAUCAUUUUCUAAUGAUGCUAAUAAUAGUUAUCGAUCUCAAUCUAUUGGCGGUUCAGUUGGACGACCAGCUGUACUUCCUAAUCGAAGUUUUUCAUCAUCAUCAAGUUUUGAAUAUAUUUCAUCAAAACCUAUGGCAUCAGUUCCACCAUCAUCAACAAUGAUACUUAUGUCUGCAUCACAACAAGCACAACCUUUUGGUAUUAUGCAACAACCACAACAACAAACUAUGUAUCGGCCAUUUCAUAUGCCAUCAUCACUUCCACCACCACCAUUAUCAUCAUCUUUUAUUCCUCAAAAUUAUACAUAUCCUGUACAUCAUCCUGGUAUGUCAUUUGGUUAUCGUCCAAUGAUGCAACCAGGUCGAAUGAUUCCAAAUGUUAUGCCAAUGAUGACAGCUAUGAAUACAUUUGGUAUACCAACAAAUAAUUUUCCAAAUCAAUCAACAUUAUUUAAUCCAAUGAUUCAACCAUUAGUUUAUUAA